ACACUUGAAUCUCUGCUGCAAGGUUCUGGCUUGAUUUUUCUGUUUCCUGCAAUCAAAGGGUGUCUUGUUUUCAGCAAUAGAGUUCAGCCAUUUAGUUCUUGUGGUCAAGAAGAAACAGGCCCUAGGCUAGCUAGAAGCCUUGGAAGCAGGUAUAAGAUGUGGGAACUAUCAGUUCAGGAGCAUGGAUGGGCGGGGCGGAAGUUCUUUGCCCGCCAUCUUUCUUACUGGCGCGCCAUACUAGUGCAGCGAUCCUGUCAGCUGAGAAAGUCUUGGGGGCUCAGCCACUGUGGCCAGAAGACCUUCGACCUCAGGAGCGGGGGUGAGGCCGCAGGAGGCUCCGGACACAGACAUGGACUGUCUAACCUUUGAGGAUGUGGCUGUGAACUUCACCUUGGAGGAGUGGGAUUUACUGGAUCCUUCCCAGAAGCAGCUCUACACAGAUGUGAUGCAGGAAACCUUCAAAAACCUAAUUGCUAUAGGACAAAUUGAGGAAGUCCAGAGGAGUAAAGAUGUUGAUGAAGAUUCUAGGAGAAACCUAAGACGUGGACUGGUGGAAUUAUUGUAUGAACCCAAUGAAGGCAGACGGUGUGACGGGAUCUUCAGUGAGUUUCCAGAUACUGUCAUGCACAAGAAAACCUCUCACGGAGUAAAACGGUGUGAAAGUAAUUUAUGCGAAGACAUACUUAUUGGUCUUCCACCCCUAAAUAUGCAUAUUCCUCUUCAACCCGGACAUAAACGAUAUGAAUAUGAGGUCUGUGAAGACAGUCUCUAUAAAUUUAGGGAAUGUGGAAAAACCUUCAUGUAUCCUGAGUGCUAUCUGAAACAUGAAAAUCCCCACGCCAUUGAGAAGCCGUAUAAAUGUCAUCAAUGUGGGAAAGCCUUUUCUUCUUCAAGUAAGGUUCGAAGACAUGAAAGAACUCAUACUGGUGAGAAACCCUACAUAUGUAACCACUGCGGGAAAGCCUUCCCUAGUCGUGGUUCCCUUCGACGUCAUGACAGGAUUCACAGCGGAGAGAAACCCUUUGUAUGUAAGUAUUGUGGGAAAGCUUUCACUGGCCAAAGUUCACUUCCACGCCAUGAAAGAAUUCACAGUGGAGAGAAACCCUAUGUAUGCAAAUACUGUGGCAAAUGUUUCAUUUCUUCAAGUACCUGUCGAGUACACGAACGGACUCACACUGGAGAGAAACUCUAUGUUUGUAACCUGUGUAAUAAAGCUGUCACUACUCGUACCUCCCUUCGAAAUCAUGAAAGAAUCCACAGUGGUGAGAAACCCUAUGUCUGUGAGCAGUGUGGGAAGGGUUUCAUCUCUUCUGGUACCUUUCGGAUACAUGAACGAAUUCACACUGGAGAGAAGCCCUAUAGAUGUAAGGAAUGUGGGAAAGCCUUCACUAUACAGAGUUCUCUUCAGCGCCACGAAAGGAUUCAUACUAGGGAAAAGCCCUAUGACUGUAAGGAGUGUGGGAAAGCUUUCAGUGGGUACAGUUCCCUUCGACGCCAUGAAAGGAUUCACAGUGGAGAAAGACCCUAUGCAUGCAAGCAGUGUGGGAAAGCCUUUCCUGCUUUGGGUGAUUGUCAGAGACAUGAGCAAAUUCACACCGGUGAGAAGCCCUACAUAUGUAAGCAGUGUGGGAAAGCCUUCACUCGUUGUGGUUCCCUUAGAAUACAUGAAAAGACCCAUGCUAGAGAGAAUUCCUAAGCGUAAAAUGUGGGAAGGACUCCUUAUUGCAUGCCCUUUCUAUAAAAAAUUGUUAAAAUGUUUAGUGAGGCAAACAAGUAUCAAUAUAAAGUUAUGAGGGCUGCCACUAGUCAUAUUUUUCAAUUAACAAACAAAAGAACAAACUAAAAAUGCACCCAAUAUCAAAACUUGCUCAGAAGGUUGACUGUAAGAAAUUGUUUUAAAAUUCUGUGAAAUUCCUCAGGUAGUAGACAACCAUAAAUGUACAUUAUGAAAGGUUCAAUGCAAAGUAAUUUAUGUAGAAUGCUCCAAAAAUUACAUAACCUGAAGGAAAUUUUUCUAAAAUUAUAUCACACUGAUUAGUUUAUUACUAAAAUAGAUAUCUGAACUAUUUGUUUCUAAGUCUAACUCUUGUAAAUAAAUGGUGGCAUGACAAUUCUAUGAAGUUUGCUUAAGCAGUGGAGCAAGAGAGUAUCUUUUUUUCCCCUGUUCCCUACCAUUCUGAAGAAUUUUGGUUGUUUGAAUAGUGAAAUGGCCUUUUGAGAUGUCGUUAUAGCAAAUAUCUUAACAACAAAUGAGUUGGCACGAGCUCACGGUGCUAGGACAAGAUUCUCCAGGACAAUGGAUGUGCUCUAAGUUGGCAUCUUAUACAGCACUGUUUCUCCUAUGGGUCCGGGACUUGAGGGCGUGGGAAUCAUCCCUAUAACUCACCAGCAAAUUUUUUUUUUCGUGUUCUGUAGAUAUUAUGGUUCCACCAGGAGGAACACCCACCCAUUCCUUUGAACUGGAAGCUAAGACACCCACACAUACCUAACACCACACCCAUUUACUCUGGGUUCCUUGUGCCCUUGAGUUAACUAAAAAUUGUUAUUGUUACUGGAGUGACGGUUCCACUUGACCAGUGGGGAAUGAGACUGCCAUUCAGCAAUGGAGAUGUUCUGAUUAUUUUUUGUUUACUUUACACAAGCUAGAGUUACCUGUAAGAGAAAUCGCCAUUAGAUUGACCUGUAGGCAAGUCUGUGGGGGCAUUUGUUUGAUUAAUGAUGUAUGGGACAGGGCUACUGUGGGUAGUGCAACUCCUGGGUAGGUGCUGUAUAAGAAAGCAGGCUGAGUGAGCCACGAGGAGCAAGCCAAGACUCAGGUCUCUUCUUCAGAUCCUACUUUCAAGGUCUAAGUUCCUGCCUUGAGAUUCUCCUACCCUGGCUUCUCUUGCGGUUGGAAUGUAAAGUGUAAUUAAAACAAAUCCGUUUUCCUCAAGUUGAUUUUGGUCAGUGUUUUAGCAACAACAACAAUAACAAUUCAAACUAGAAUACAAGGAAAGGAAGUCUAUUCCUGGAUUUCCUUUUUAUUGCCAUGUCUGUUGAUUAAAACCCAUGGGAAGCUACAACUCAGUCCAAACAGGGUAAUAAAUGGCUCAGAUACUCAAGAAUGCAAGUUUGAAUCACUUCUCAAGGCAAAGAACCAGUUGAUUUGGGUGUAUGAUGAUGUUUUUAGUUACUUACAAGUUUUUUUUUAUACCAAAAUUUAUUUUAAAUUAAAAAUUAAAAAAGAUUAAAAUGCUUAGCACUUGCUGAAGAGGAAGAAAUACAAAAUGACAUCAGAAGGUACUUAUAAAUAUGGCAUGCCUGUGGGUCCAGUUACAGAAGUGAGGAUUCUGAUUUUAUCGGGUCUUAUUUUAUUAAGAGAAUAUAUGUUGGGCUGGGUGUGAUGGCAUAUUCCUUUAAUGCCAGCUCUCAGGAGGCAAAGGCAAAUGAGUCUGUUAGUUCAAGACCAACUUGGUUGACAUAGUGAGUUUCAGAACAGCCAGGGAUGCAUAGACUCAAAAACAAAAAAAAAGAAUAUGUUUAUUUUUGUACUUGAUAGUGUUGAUUGCCAAUGUGAUAAAUCUAGAAUCACCUGUGAGAUGGGCCCCUGAGAAUUCCUGUGGACAGUUAUCUUGAUUGCAUAAAUGAGAUAGAAAGAUUCACCCACUGUUGGAAGUGCCAGUUCCUGACUGGAAUCUAUAAGCAUAUAAAAGUGGAGUAUUAACUGUCUGAGCACAAGCACACAAGUGUUAAUUCACUGUUCUCUGCUUUUGACUAUGGAUGUGAAAGAUGCUCAAGUUACUGCCAUAUUGACUCCCCACAGUGAUGGAAUUAUAAGCCAAAUUAGCCCCCCCCUUUCCUUUAUGUUGCUUUUACCUGGAUAUUUUGUCACAACAGGAAAUGAAGCUAAGAAAUAUACACACAUAUAAAAUAGAUAUUCAUGUUUUCUUUAAUCUCUUCUUUUACCAUGUAAUAUAUUUAUUGAUUUAAUAAUACUGGGUAUUGCUAUGUAUUGUCAUAUUUAAUUAUGGUAUAAUAAGUGAAUACGUUUUCCUUAAGGGACUUUAGCACCUAUUCUGUGGAAACAAUGUUUUCAUUUGUACAUGAAAAUCAUGUUAGGUGAAAUAACUUUGUUAGCAUCUUUAUUUAGAAAUUGUGUAUAAUCUAGGUUCACUUGACUGAUGAAAUGCACCUGUAUAUUGGUGAGGAAAUUUCCAUAGAAGGAGUGAUAUGUAGGGCAGUGACUUGGAGGGGAAAACACAGAUUCAGUGUGGGUAGCAACUCCCAACAUGGUCCUAGAUGAAGUCUCAGGAAAAGCAGCAGGCACACACGUCCCUUCCUUUUGGUGUGAGUGUAUCUAUUGAUGCUACUAUGAACCUCUGCUGUCUUUUUCCUCUUAACUUGGACUCAGUUCUAGUGACUCUCUAGGAGCUUCCAGUAUUUGGCCUCAGAUUGGGCCCCCCAAGGCAUUUAGCUUUUCAGAGUGGGCAGCUACCAAGAUCUCUACUUCUCUGGUACAACCAACCAUUGUUGGAUCACCAGCCCCUAUCAUAUGUGACGAUCUAGUAAAUAUCUUCUUUAAUAACUUUCUCGGUUCGGUUCUGGAAAACCCUAAUAUGAUCUGACUAAUUGAAAGAGAAAUUUUGCUCUUUUUCAGCUUUUGCAAAAUUUAAUCAAUUUUACAAAUUUCAAAGACAUGUACAGAAUGUUUGGGGGUUUGUUUGGUUUGUUUUGUUAUUUGAUCUCGAUCCAUACUACUACUUAAGAACUACCUACUUUUUAAAAGUCUCUGUGUGUAAAGAUGUAUAUGCUGCAGAACAUGUGUGCAGGUCAGAGGGCAGCUUUGAGUGUCAGUUGCCACCUUCCAUCUUGCUGAGACAGGGUCUCUUGCUUCUGCUGCAUCUGCUAGCUGGCCUGUGAACUUCGGGGGAUCCUGCUUCCAUCUCCUAUCUUGUCAUAGAAAUAUGGGAUAACAGGUAUGCGAUUGCUGCAUCUGGGUUUUAGGAGUUUUAACUCAUGUCAUCUCACUGGGCAAGUCCUUUAUCUACAGCUGUUGCCCCAGGGCAAAAUUAUAUAUUUUUGCAUAUAAUGUGUUAACACUUCUCAUCAUAAAAUAUGCUGUUCCUAUGAGUGUAUGGCUAAUUCCAGUCAUCUGGACUAGUUUAAACUUUUAUACCUUAGAUACUCAAGUAUUUCCUAUGAUACUCUGAACAGUCUUCCAGUAAAUACAAAUGUUCUUCAAAUUUGGUAAUAUUUGCUUUUAUAAACUCACAAUGAAAUGAGUCCAUAAAUUGAAAUUGAAAAUUACUGAACUUCAAUGCUAAGUUGAGGCUAAAUUUGAAACUCUUCAAAUUGAAGCAUGCCAAAAGGAGCAAAUUAUGGAAAAGAAAACACUACCCCCCCCCCCCAUACAGUCUCUGGUUCUCUUUGCUAAUAAAAGCAGGAAACUUGAAAUGCCAUUGAUUAAACCCAAAUUGAAAAGCCUGCCAUGGUGAUCAUAUCUUUAACCCCCCAGCAUUUGGGAGGGUCUCUAUGAGUUCAAGACCAGCCUAGUCUGCACAGAGAGACCCGGUGUCAUAAGUGGAAGAACACGAAAGAAGGAAGAAGAAGAAGAAGAAAACAACUUUUCGUGUUUAAGACUAAAAUGACAUAUUUCUAGCACUUGCCUCUCAUUCCUACAUCUGUACAAUUGCCCACAGAAAUCUGCCUCACUCAACCUUUGUUUAUCAAACAAUUCCUUAGCAUUUAACUUUUGUCAUGGACUAUACUCUCUAAGAAGUAUUUUUAAAGGGUUUGUUAAUUGUAGAGGGUGGGGGGAGGGAUGAAGGGGGUUUAAACAACCUUUAAAGAGAUUAUUUCCUUCCCUUGAGCACCUUUCUAUUUUAAUCUCCAAAUCUACACUGGCUCAGCCUGAAAUUCUUUUUUUUUCAUCGAAGCCAUGAAUCCCACUUUUGCUUGGUGACAGCAUGCUGUGAAACUGCCUUCCUACCUGCAAUGCCAAGCUCAUUUCCAUAACACCUGUUGGACAAAAUCACCUGUUUGAUAAUGACACAUUGAAUAGCUUAAUUAACUGAAUGUUUCAUGCUGCUGUAUGAUGUGAUGGCAGUUUUAUGCUCAUUAAGAUGAGUUGUGCUCUAUCUGAUUUGAAUGCAUCAAGAUCGUCCAAAAGUACAUUGCAUAUUGAUAUCCAGUUUAAGGUCGCCCUUUGAAAGUCAAUAGCAUUUUCUUAUAUAUAUAUAUAUUUUUUUAUGUGUGUGUGUCUGUUGUGCACAUGAGUUUGUGGCAGCAGAGAUCAGAAGACGGGGUUGGCUCUCCUGGUCACCAUGGCAGUUGUGAGUCACCUGAUGCGAGUGCUAGGAACUGAAUCUGGGGCCUCAGCAACAGUGGUGUAUUGGUUUAUUUUCUGUUUUGGCAUGAAAUAUCCUAAGUCUUUUCCACUCCCAAGUUUUUGUUGUUGGUUUUGGUCUGCAUUCUAUUGCAACAGAAAGGAAACUACAAAAAAUUGCACUCGUAAGCAGUGAGCCAUCUCUCCAGCCCCUUGAUAGCAUUUUCUGAUCAGUGAUUUUUGUUUCCCAACCACUUAAAAUAAAAAACCUCCAUAAACAAAGACUAGUGUGAGUCACUGAGCAUCCUUCUUUCUGCUAAAAUACUCCUAAAUAGAGUAUUCACUUACUUCUUAGUAUUACUAUAACAAUUUUUAAGUCUGUUGUUAGACCUGAAAAAAAAUUGCACAACUGUCUGACUAAAGCAAGCCAAAUUUGGAACUGACCAGCUGGCUACCUCUCCCAAAGCUGGGAUUUCAGAGAGCACCUUCUCACUGGUUUUGGGGGGUUCCUUUUAUGGGGAAGGGUUAGGGUUGAUAGAAAAGAACUGCCAAGAUAAUUGGCUGUUCAUACCUGGACAGAAGACUGGAGGACUUAGGGCUCAGGGCUGCCUGUGAGGUGAAUAAAUGCCAUGCAGAACGGCUGCCAGGAUAGUUGGUUUUUAGGAAGGAGGCAAUAAGCAUAGUGAAAGACUACACCAUAUGGAAGGGGAGUCACCGAGGUAUCUGGGAAGACACAUCUUCAUAAGGCAAAAGGGCAGUCAUUAUCACAGGUUCAGGAGUUCAGAGUAAGGCAAAGGGUAUUUUUACA